AUAGAAAUCUCCAACCAAAACCUUCGUCUUAACUUGUAUUAUUUUCUCUAAUCUCCCUUUCCUCCUUUUUCGGAUAGUUUUUUCGAGCUUUUGAAUCUCUUCUUGCUCCGAGAUAAUCUAAAUUUUGACUUGGUAAGUAAUGACAUCACGUUGUUCAUCCUCCUGGACACAUGGAGAAAACAAGCGAUUCGAGGAUGCUUUGGCAAUGUAUUCCGAGGACACUCCUGACCGGUUUCUUAAGAUAGCCAGAGCAGUAGGGAGCAAAACAGUAGAGGAAGUAAUGAGACACUAUAAGGUCCUAGAGAAGGAUAUCUUCAAAAUAGAAACUGAUCAAAUACCUUUGCCCAAUUACGGAAACAUAUGCAACGGCAGAGGACAGAGGCUUACGAGGAAUCCUAAGCUACAGUGAGUACAUUCAUGGCAAAUACCAAAUUACCGUCUGACGAUCUUUAAGAAUGCAGUCGCAUAAAUGUAGUGUGUGGUACUGUAUGUGUGGCUAGGUCUUAUUGAGUGUAAUGUACUUUUGUUUCAAAAUGUAUAAUAUAAUUUGCACGUGCACCAUGGUUUGACA